CAGUGUUCUUCGGCCCAAAGACUUUUCGGAAGUUUGUAAAUUUCAUGGCAAUUCCUCUAACCCUUUCUCUACUUCCGCCGGUAACAGCUCCUCCGCCGUCUCUCUUCUUCUCCUUCAACCGUUUCCUCCACUUCCCUUCUUCCCCUUCCUCUGUGUUAUUGAGAGCUACGUCUAAAAGACUCGUUUUGGCAACCAAGACACAACCAGUGGCAACUAUGGCAGCUCAGGAUGAAGAAAACGCCGGAAAUGUAAAACGUCAACUCGCUAAACUAUUUGAGGCAUCACUUAAGUUAACAGUUCCAGAUGAACCUAAUGUUGAGCCAUUGGUAGCUGCCUGCACUGCUAAAUUCGGCGAUUACCAAUGCAACAAUGCGAUGGGCCUUUGGUCGAAAAUAAAAGGAAAGGCUUCUCCUUUCAAGGGUCCUCCAGCUGUUGGACAGACCCUUAUGAAAAAUCUCCCUCAAUCUGAAAUGGUAGAAUCAUGCUCCGUAGCUGGACCUGGGUUUGUCAAUGUUGUACUAUCAGCCAAAUGGAUGGCAAAGAGCAUCCAAAAUAUGCUUAUUGAUGGAAUCGAUGCAUGGGCGCCUACCCUUCCGGUGAAAAGAGCUGUAGUUGAUUUUUCCUCGCCCAAUAUUGCGAAAGAAAUGCAUGUUGGCCACUUAAGAUCUACAAUUAUUGGUGACUCAUUAGCCCGUAUGCUCGAGUAUUCGAAGGUUGAGGUUCUUCGCCGAAACCAUGUUGGUGAUUGGGGAACACAGUUUGGUAUGCUGAUAGAGUACCUCUUUGAGAAAUUCCCUGACUAUGAGAAUGCAACUGAGUCUGCAAUCGGAGAUCUUCAGGCAUUUUACAAAGAAUCGAAAAAGAAAUUUGAUGAGGAUUGUGACUUUAAGGAGAAGGCACAACAGGGUGUGGUCCGUCUUCAGGGUGGGGAUCCCAAGUAUCGUAAGGCUUGGUCUCGGAUAUGUGAAAUCAGCCGAGCUGAGUUUGCUAAGGUUUAUCAACGGCUUCGAGUUGAGCUUGAAGAGAAGGGAGAAAGCUUUUAUAAUCCUUAUAUCCGUGGAGUCAUUGAGGAAUUGAGCAGCAAAGGAUUAGUUGAAGAAAGUGAAGGCGCUCGGGUGAUUUUCAUCGAAGGCUUCAACAUCCCUCUCAUUGUUGUAAAGAGUGAUGGUGGUUAUAACUAUGCUUCAACCGAUCUGACGGCUAUCUGGUAUCGCCUUAAUGAAGAGAAAGCUGAGUGGAUGAUAUAUGUUACUGAUGUCGGGCAACAGCAGCACUUUGAUAUGGUGUUCAAAGCUGCCAAAAAAGCUGGUUGGCUCCCGGACAAUGAUAAGACGUACCCAAAAGCUAACCAUGUUGGUUUUGGUCUUGUCCUUGGAGAAGAUGGCAAGCGAUUUAGAACAAGGAGUUCAGAAGUGGUCCGCUUGGUUGAUUUGCUAGAUGAGGCCAAGACUCGCAGUAAAGCUGCCCUUAUUGAGCGUGGUAAGGACAAAGAGUGGACUCCCGAGGAACUUGAUCAAACCGCCGAGGCUGUUGGAUAUGGUGCUGUGAAGUAUGCCGACCUGAAGAACAACAGAUUGACAAAUUAUACAUUCAACUUCGAUCAAAUGCUUAAUGACAAGGGAAACACAGCUGUUUAUCUUCUAUAUGCUCACGCUCGGAUCUGUUCAAUCAUUAGAAAGUCUGGUAAAGACAUUGAUGAGUUCAAGAAGACGGGACAGCUAGCGUUAGAUCAUGCGGAUGAACGAGCACUUGGGAUUCACUUGCUCCAAUUUGCCGAGACGGUCGAGGAGGCAUGCACAAACUUGUUACCAAGCGUAUUGUGCGAGUACCUCUACAACUUAUCCGAGUACUUCACCAAAUUCUACUCCAAUUGUCAGGUUAUCGGGUCAGCGGAAGAGACGAGUCGUCUCCUACUGUGUGAGGCAACGGCCGUAGUUAUGCGGAAAUGCUUCCACCUUCUUGGAAUCACUCCUGUCUACAAGAUUUGAUUCUCAUCAGACAGAAUCUCCCCCUUCUUGAUGAGGAAAAGGGCUUAUAGACUGUUCCUCAAAAAGAUGCAACAUUUGUAUCCAUUACAGAGCUUGCUUGUGUAAGAAAACGGAACCAAAACCUGGGGUUCCUCUUCUCAUUCUGUUUCAGAAAACCCGAAAUACAACUCAGACAGCCGAGAGAUUUGUUCUUUCA